CGCUGCGGGCCGGGUGCAGCGGCAAGAUGGCGGGGCGGUCCAUGCAAGCAGCGAGAUGUCCCACUGAUGAGCUGUCAUUAACCAACUGCGCUGUGGUGAACGAGAAGGACUUCCCAUCUGGGCAGCACGUUGUUGUGAAGACUUCUCCCAACCACAAGUACAUCUUCACGCUGAGAACCCACUCCUCGGUUGUUCCCGGCAGCAUCGCGUUCAGCUUGCCCCAGAGAAAAUGGGCUGGGCUUUCCAUCGGACAAGAAAUAGACGUUUCCUUAUACACUUUUGACAAGGCCAAGCAGUGCAUCGGCACAAUGACGAUUGAGAUAGACUUUCUGCAGAAGAAGAACAUUGACUCCAACCCCUACGACACGGACAAGAUGGCUGCGGAGUUCAUCCAGCAGUUCAACAGCCAGGCCUUCUCCGUGGGCCAGCAGCUUGUGUUCAGCUUUAAUGACAAGCUUUUUGGCCUGUUGGUGAAGGACAUGGAAGCGAUGGACCCCAGCAUCCUCAAAGGAGAGUCUGGAGCGAGCAAGAAGCAGAAGAUCGAGGUUGGUUUGGUUCUUGGAAACAGUCAGGUUGCCUUUGAAAAAGCAGAGAACUCCUCUCUCAAUCUGAUCGGUAAAUCCAAGACCAAGGAGAACCGCCAGUCCAUCAUCAACCCCGACUGGAACUUUGAGAAAAUGGGCAUCGGGGGCCUUGACAAAGAAUUCUCAGAUAUUUUCCGACGAGCUUUUGCUUCUCGAGUUUUCCCACCUGAAAUUGUGGAGCAGAUGGGCUGCAAGCACGUGAAGGGCAUCCUCCUGUAUGGGCCUCCGGGCUGCGGCAAAACGCUCAUGGCCAGGCAGAUUGGCAAGAUGCUGAAUGCCAGAGAGCCCAAGGUGGUCAACGGUCCCGAAAUCCUCAAUAAAUACGUGGGCGAGUCCGAGGCCAACAUCCGCAAGCUGUUUGCUGAUGCCGAAGAGGAGCAGAGGAGGGUAACGCAGACGUAG